AUGAAGGAGGCUUUAAAUCACUAUCAUGUAACCUUGGUGAGGAUAUAUCUUGUAGAUAUGUUGGGAGAGGUGGUAGAACCACCAUGGUUAGAUGCUCGAGAUAGGAAUAAAAACCUUAAAAUUUUACAUCGGCUUAGAAAGAAGAGAGCCAUC